AUGUUACAACCAAAACGUACUUCUUUUAGAAAAAUGCACAAAGGUCGUGUUAGUGGAAUAAAAAAACAGACAUUACACUUUGGAUCAUUUGGGUUACAAGCUUGUUCUACAGGAAAGUUAAAGGCUUCAGUUAUAGAAUCCAUGAGACGUGUUAUGACGAGAAAAUUAAAACGUCAAGGUCAAAUUUGGAUUCGUAUUUUUCCAGAUAUUGUGGUAAGUGAAAAACCAGCAGAAGUAAGAAUGGGUAAAGGUAAAGGUUCUCCAUCCUAUUGGAUUUGCCGUAUACAAAAAGGGCAAGUAUUGUUUGAACUUGACGGUGUUCCUAAAUCUUUAGCUCUUCAAGCUCUAAAAUUGGCAUUACAUAAAUGUCCUAUACCAUCACAUAUCCUGUCAUUACACUAA